UUAUUUUUUUCAUUUCCAGAUUUAAAAUUUUUUUUAAAUGCCAUAGUCUAUCUAUGACUAUAGUCUAGAAUAACAAAUGGCGGUGUCCAAUUACUCACAUAAUCUUGAUACAUUCAAUAAACUACGGCCAGGCGACAGAAUUGAGUUUAAACGUGGAAUCUACUCUCAUUGGGGUCUCUACAUUGGUGAGGGUAAAGUAGUUCAUCUUGCGGGAGAAAAUGACGAUGGGAUCAAUGCUCAAGUCAAGCCAGAGCAUUUGUUUACGAUCUGUGGGAAGACAUUCAACAAAGCGAGAGUCACUGUUGACGAUUUUUGGGAUAUUGUCUUAGAAGAUAAGGCAUGCAUCAAUAACUCACGAGAUAAAAAAUGCAGCCCACUUGAAGUAGCAGAAAUUAUUGCAAACGCAACAGCGAAAAUUGGAGAAGAAGGCUACAGCCUGCUGUACGGGAACUGUGAACAUUUUGUCAACUGGUGCAGAUAUGGUGUUUCAAAGAGCGAACAGGUGGACACAUUUCUGACUGGUGUAGCUACUGGCAUUGCAUCCCUGGUUACCAUAGCAGUGACCUAUGCGUUGCUGAGGAGCAACAAAGCUGAAGAGAAGGACAAAGAGAAGAAACAAACACAAACUAUGUGAAUGGAAUUUAUUUGGUUACCAAUUUUAUCAUUAACAUUUUUUUCUUUCCAUAUGGGGUAACUUUUGUAAAUUAAAAACUAGCCUAAACAUGAGAGGUAUUAUCACUUGUAAAGUUGUGUAUUAUCGUUAACAUUUUAAUUAACCUCACAUAAUGCCAAAUUUAUUAUUGAGCAAAAUAUAAAAUGUAAACAAUUACUGAUAUUUUAUCAAACUACUACUUACAUUUAUGACAUUGACAAGUAGAUGCAACAUAUUUUCAUUUCGUAACAUUUCAAAGUUCAGCAAGUAAUGUUUAAUCAAAUUCUUAAUAAGGAUGCAAUUUUUUAAAAAACUUUUUUCUUUUUUUUUAAAAACAUUUUUUAUUAUUUCAUCCAUUCUUUAACUUUAAACUUUAAAAUUAUUGUGUUUGUGAGAUUAAAAUUAAAUACCAUCGAAAUAGUGAUGAACAAGGGGUACAUUUUUAUUGAUUUUUACAAAGCAUAUUAUUUUAAAAAUAUGGUGGAAAAUAUUUAUAUUGUUAUCUGUUUGAUUUGUUACACUUUGAGCUAAAAAAAGGUUGUGGUCAUACACAUUUUACUGUAUGUGGUGUAGGUAAAUUAAAUAAAAAGGUAGUUUUGGUCCAUUGGGCAAUAUAGUGUUAACCUUAAAUUCAGUAAGAGUUAUAAUAAAAAUGAUCCUAACACAGAAACCUGAAAUAAAUUUGUUAAAUUUUCUUUGUGGCCCAGCUUAUGUUUUUAAUGAAUAAGAAACUACCAGUUCUGAUUAAGUCACAAAAAAAAUAAACGAUAGUGGGUCUGCUCUGAAUUAAAUUUUAAACAAACCUUUUUAUGCUAUCAAAAGAAAUGAAUUUCAUAUAGUGAAAUACUUUUCAUUUAUAAUAUUUAGUAAAAUUUACUUUUUGUUUGAAUGGAGAUAAAUCAUGCCAUUUGUAUAGUAUGGUACAACCCAUAUUUUUGGUGUAGCCGCUGAAUAGAAAUUUAUAUGUUUAACUUCAUUAUUAAUUGUUGGCCCAUGUGGGUAGCAUAAUUUGCGUUAGAUACAUUUCACUGUAACCUUUCACACUCAGCUUCAUCAUCAGGGUUCACACAGAUUGGUUGUGGGGUUCACUUGAACACACAACACUGUGCCCAGGGUUCACAUUAACACACACUGCCUUGACAGAUCAAAUUAAAUUUGAAUUUAACAAAGGGAGCAGGUGGGGGGGCAUGUUGAGGUAGAUGGGAGAGUUACAAUGUGGUGUUUUAUAGUAGGCUGGCAAAGGGUAUCUUUGUAUAUGGUUUUUCAUCCAGUAAAUAUUCCCACACAUUUAGAGAAAAAUGUUUGUAGAAUAGGUUUCCAUUGGGUAAAAAUUUCCACAACUAAUUUAUUUUCAUUAGUAUUUGAUAACUUUUUAUGUUUGUUACAUUAACGUAGCACAAAAUGUGAUAUAAAUCAAGCAGCUAAAAGGUAAACAUUCUGAUAUUGUUUUAUUGUGUCACGUUUUUGAUGAUAACUACUAUUUAGCUAUGAAACCACAUCUUUACAUAUUUAAAAUGCCAAACAUUAUAUAAAAAAUUAACAAUCAAUUAAAAUACUGCAUCUCUUUUUCUGAUGUUUAAUACUCUAUAUGUUACUUUAUGACAUUAGCAUAUUUAAAAAUACUCUUUGAAAAGUAAAUUAUACUCUUUUUAAUAUUAAACCAACAAACUUAUAUUACGUUAUAUCAUGGUAUUUUCUGGAACUUAUAAAUUACCCAUCUUGCCAAACAGUUUCUAUUUUGAAUAAGUGGUAAUUAUUAUUACAUCAUGCCAGAUGUCUUUUUUAUAACUCAUACUUCCACUUGAGAGUUUGUGAUUUUGCUUUUUAUAACUUGUGGUAUUGGGAUGUAAAACUCAUGAUGUACUGAUAUUUUCAUUACGUUAAUCAUUAAUAUUAUACGGUUCUGCUAGUUCUAGACAAUUUUAACAUAAAAUCUUAAAUGAUUAAUUUAUGGGAAUAAGGUGUAUAAAGAUUUUAAAAUUUCUGAAUAAAUAUUUUGUUAUUGAAAUAUUUUGUGAUAAAACAAUACAAAUUAACGCAAACAGUGUAGGUCAAGGAAAUGUAAUUGCCUAUUGUUAUGCCUGUAAAUGAUAAGUCACAAAUACAACUUUAAGUGCCUGUUUAAAGUACAAAAAUAUAACAUUUAUACUAUGAAUAUCAUCACAAGCUUUUGUUUUUUAUUUUAUUGACUUUUUUAUAAUGCUAUAAGUUCAUGACACUUUAUUAUCAUAGUCAUUUGUCUUUAGAAAAAUUGUUUUGUUGCUUAUUCUUUAAUAAAUGUUUACAUUUUUGA